CCGUGUGGAUAACUGACCGAGAGGGCCGCUUCAUUAUACUGGAAGAAAAACGUACGCAGCAAGUCUGCUGAUGGGUUGAUUUCUUGCAGGCAAAGGCUUUUUCCCCCCAUCUCAUUAUUUGUAGGCUACAUGAGGCACUUUGCAGAUUUUACUCAGUAAUGCAUUGUUGAGUGCGGCGGCUGUCCUGAUGAAGUGUCGGCAGAGGGAGGAGGAAACCAAAGAGAGGAAGGAAACGAGGAUAACGUCACGAAAAGCAGAAUCGGAGUAAAACGGACUGAAUACUAUUUAAUGGACAAUCUUUGAUGGGCCGAGCUGGGGCUAUAAUUGUGUUUGUUUACGCCUUUACCGGACAAAGAUGCUUUUGUUAACUUGUCGGGCGUGAAAAAAGGCAAAGAGAAGGAAACGGCUUCACAGCAGCAGCAACAGCAGCAGAUUUCAUCUUUUUCAGGAGCUCCCACUAAAGCAGAGAAAUGGAAAUGUGUGCAGCCCUCCUCCGUUUGCCUGUUUACUGAAGGAUUUGGAAACAGCCUAAUCGUGACACACGGAGAUAUAAGUGGAUUGCCAUCAUCUGCUCUUCAUUGCACCUCAUUUUUUUAAUGAGAAAAAAAGACAUCUAGUUAAAUCCUCCACGGGAUUUAGGGGACGUUGCUUUCAGUUUUUCUUCUUUUUUUUAACUGCAGGGGGAAACAAGCAGCAAAAUCAUCGGGAGAAUUAACAGGUGACAGCUCGGACAAAUCCAAAAUGAGUGAGCUGGAGCAGCUUCGCCAGGAGGCCGAGCAGCUAAGGAACCAGAUAAGAGAUGCCAGGAAAGCAUGUGGAGAUUCAACCCUGACACAGAUAACUGCUGGUCUGGAUCCUGUGGGGCGGAUUCAGAUGCGGACGAGACGCACUCUGAGGGGCCACCUUGCUAAGAUCUACGCAAUGCACUGGGGGACCGACUCAAGGCUUCUGGUUAGUGCCUCUCAAGAUGGAAAACUGAUCGUGUGGGACAGCUACACCACUAACAAGAUACACGCCAUCCCCUUGCGCUCCUCCUGGGUGAUGACCUGUGCUUACGCCCCCUCUGGAAACUAUGUGGCCUGCGGAGGCCUUGACAACAUCUGCUCCAUCUACUGCUUGAAGACGCGCGAGGGCAACGUCAGGGUCAGCAGGGAACUACCUGGCCAUACAGGUUACCUGUCAUGUUGCCGAUUCGUUGAUGACAAUCAAAUCAUAACAAGUUCAGGAGACACCACAUGUGCACUGUGGGACAUCGAGACAAGUCAGCAGACCACGGUUUUCUCGGGCCACAGCGGUGACGUCAUGAGCCUGUCCCUGUCGCCCGACCUGCGCACCUUUGUAUCAGGAGCCUGUGACGCCUCUGUCAAACUGUGGGACAUCAGGGACAGCAUGUGCAGGCAGACCUUUACAGGCCACGAGUCGGACAUCAACGCCAUCUGUUUCUUUCCCAACGGCAGCGCCUUCGCCACAGGCUCAGAUGACGCCACCUGCAGGCUGUUUGACCUGCGUGCAGACCAGGAGCUCAGCCUCUACUGCCAUGACAACAUCAUCUGUGGCAUCACCUCUGUGGCUUUCUCACGCUCUGGCCGUUUGCUGCUAGCUGGCUACGAUGACUUUAACUGCAACAUCUGGGACGCCAUGAAAGGAGACAGAGCAGGAGUCCUGGCCGGCCAUGACAAUCGUGUGAGCUGUCUGGGUGUGACGGAUGACGGCAUGGCGGUGAGCACCGGGUCCUGGGACAGCUUCCUUAAGAUCUGGAACUGACUGGUUUCAUGAGCCAUGCACAUAAACGGCAAUCACACACAUACACACACACACACACACACACACACACACACACACACACACACACACACACACACACACACACACACACACACACACACACACACACACACACACACACACACACACACACACACACACACACACACAUCCAACAGACACUGCUCACAUCUUGGGACACAGUUUGCACCCUGUAUUCACACUGUAUGUAAGAUUCAACAGACAAACUGCAACAUUGUACUGUACAUAAUAUAUAGUAUGACUUAGUUUACACACACACACACACACACACACACACACACACACACACACAUAAACGCACACACCACUGUAUGCAGGACAAGAUGACACGAGAUCUGAACACGUUCCCACACUACCUACAGCUGAUUUAAGUGCACAGCAACACACACACACACAAACACACACUAACAUAUUUAUAAUCAGUAAAAAUGUCAAAAUGUGACCAAAAAACAGUUGAAUCUUCAGCUUCUCAAAUAAAAAACACAAAUGCCACUAUUACCUGAAGCCUUUUAACACAGAAGUAACGCACCCUCAUUCGCACGCGCGCACACACACACAAACGCACACACACACUUUUUCCUGAGAGACACCGCUCCUCGAGUUAAGCAGGGGAGAAGACGUUAUUGGACAAUUCUGUCUUUGUUUACACUGAAGUCCAAAAUGCACUUCAGACAAAUUUUUCUGUACUAUUUUUGUCUCAGUACCACAUGUAUCUCAGCGAUGGUUUUGUGAAGGAGGAACAGUGGUGGGAGAGAAUCAUGUGAGUCUAUUAACACUGAAGGAAAAAAGAAAAAUACUGACUGACUACAGACUGAUGAUCGAUGGAGUCUGAGGAAAAAAACAACAAUUCUUAUUUUCACCUGGCUGGAAACGCGCCAUCAUGUAGUCACUGUUUUUAUAGCUACGUACCCCCCAAAAUACAGUACAUCAGUUCUGCAGGUUUGCUUUUAUUAUUUUAUUUUAUACACUUAUUUUCUUCAUGUUCUCCCUGUGUGCCUCAGAUACACUUUAAGGAUUAUUAAUAGAGAAUAUUGAUACAGUUCAAUUAACUCAAAAAAGAUCUGAGAUUCAGAAGGUGGCUGAAAACUGAAAGCAUUAUAAGACACAUCUAAAUAAAGCAGGAGCCAGUAUUCCUACUUUGACUUUGUCAAUGUGUUAUCUGGACAUUAUGAUGGUAUAAUUGUAUAUAAUAUUAAUAAA